GCAUGUUCAAGGAAAACUGUAAUAAAACAUUACGGUUGAGUGAGUACUGAUAUAAAAUCGAAAAUAACAUCUCAGCCUCCCUCACUCAACUGCUUCCGCAAACACAUAAUCAUCAACAUGUUGAAGCUUUUCGUUGUGCUCUGCUUUAUCGCCGUCUCUUCUUCCCUGCUGGAUGAAACUUCAAUUAUAAGGAACAGCAAAUACGGAGGAUUUCACGGAGAAAACAGAAACGUCUCUGAGGAAGACGAUGGUAAAACCACCCAAGUUAACAUUGAACCCUCAAAUUACGAGACAUACUUUAAAACAAGAAAUAUUGUAAGUAAUCUAAAGGACGCACUUCAAGUUUGCCUCUGCAAUGACGUUGAGGCUGAAGAGGAAGAACUUGCAAAAGAAAUCGCAAAUCUUCUCCCGGACGACUGGCAAUCCCAGAACACAGAAACAUUUUUUCGUACUCUUGUCGAUGCAGUUCAUAAAGUUUGCAAGGUAGUUAUUUAACAUUAUUUGUACUUUCAAACAAUAACUAUAAAUUAAAAAGUAAGUAAUAAAA